CUAGUGGACAACAUUUCGCUCCAACUUAGAAACACUGACAAAUGAAAGCUGAGGUGUGACUGAGAGAGAGUCAUAAAACCAGCAGAGAGUGAUUGACGUCAUCCCAAAGUCGUCUGUGAUUCAUGUACGAAGAACAAAUUCAGAAACCAUCUAAGACGAUGUGGAGACUGUUACCCGUCCUACUGAUUGGAAGUCUGUAUGUAACUCAGCAGACAACAGGUUUCUGCAACCAAUCAGUGAUAGAUCUGACUGACAAGAAGACAUCCCAGUCUUCGAACUUUGCUAAUAAAUACAGCCGACUAACCAACGCUGACAAGGCCAUUGACGGGAAUCGCUCCACAUGUUCUCUCACCCUGAUCAACUCUAGCUCCUGGUGGACCAUUGACCUGCUGGGCGUUCACAACAUUUCCUGUGUCUGUAUAUACAACCAGAACUGCUCCAGUCUGAACUUAAAGCCUGCCCAGAUCUACAUAGGAAACUCUCCGAACAACGUCAAACUAGCCUACAACAUCACAAAUUUCACCGCAGGCCAGAUAAACGUCUUCCAGUUCCCCAAAUCAGUGAUUGGGCGCUUCGUGAAGGUGAUCAGAGAAGGACAACAAGCCAUGGUUCUUUGUGACGUGAACAUCACUGGCACGCCGCUGGAACCUCCAUAUUGUGAAGACUGACUGUCGUGACGAAUCCCUGAAAAACCGAGGAGAAGAUCAGAGAUUGGAUCAGAAUCCUGGCUGGGCAGACGCAGACAGAACGGCCCUCUGUUUGAAACGUUCAUUUUUAUUUCUGCCUUUGGGUGGUUGGUUUGAUUUUCCUUCUUUGAGUGAAACGUAUUAUGUCAUAGUAAUAUUUAUAAUGUUUAAUGCACUAAAGCUUGCUGUGAAAGGCCGCUGAUGAUCAUUGCUUAUUAGGUUGUUUAAUCAAAAUAAAUGGAGAAGUACAGUAAAUGUUUUCUUUUUUCAAACAUCACAAAAUAAUUGAAAUAAUUAUGCAAUUUUUGAAAUACUGUAGUCACUCAUUGAGAGAACUGAUUUGGCAGCUUUGACUGCUUUUUUAAUGGUAGAGAGACGAUUUCAAACAGUGAUUUUAGAAACCAUUUCAACUGCAGUCAAAAUGAUUUUUGCUAUCGGUUGGGGCUUCGGGUUUCUUGUAGGAAAGUUUCUGGGAUGUAGGAUUAAAGAUGACGUUUGAGCAGAGACAGAUUUAAAUACUUUGGUUUUGACAUUGUCGCCAAAGACGACGUGAAAGAUGAUGGUGUGUUAGUAGAAAGCGAAGAGGACUGGAGAUGGAAACACUUUGGCUUUGAAGACAUUGUCCCUGAAGACCAGUUUGACAGCAUGGACGCCAAAGACAUGGAUGUUUCCUCUAAUAACAUUCAUUCUGGAAGAAGAAUGGUCUUCAGAAGAAGAAAACUCAAAUUGACCCAGGAGCUUUGAGGAAGCUCAUUAAUGACCUGAUCCACCGGCGGGACCCCAAGAAAUCGGGUGUGGCGUUCGGCCCAUCCCUGCUUCUGCUGCUCACCAGUGUCACCAUCACCUUUCGCAUCUAUCCAGGCACGUGGACACCAGACUGACCCACAUCAACCAAGCCCUGAAGCAGAUG